AUGCGCUGGAAUAAUAAUUUGAUUGCUUUGUUCGCAGAUAAACCGUUGUUAAUGUUACAAUCAAUAAAGCGAGCUUUUCGGAUAGACCCGAAGAAUGUCGAGCUGCAUUCGUGUAUCGUUAGAUUCGCUGUAAAACUAGUCACGCUGAAAAAGCAAACGGAACCUGCGACCGAGUCGCCGGUGCUGACGGUCAUCGAGCAGGAAAUGGAACCGAUAUUACGCGGUCGAUCAGCCGACCAAAUCAAUAAAGAGUUCCUGGCCGAGAAUUCUAAUAGUUUACCAGCGUUAUUCGAGGCUGCUCGAAUGAUGUAUUUAUUAGACGAGAGUAAGCAAGAAGAAGCUGUUAAGUUGACAACAUCGCUGGAGCCGCAUAUUACGGACGUCGACCUACAGGAUCUCCUAUCGCAUAGAAUUGCACAAAACUUUAAUGGAAGAUCAACUGUGGCCCCAUUAAGGUUAAUAACAGACAGACCAAACGACCAAUAG